AUGGAUGCCAGAGCUCGUGCACUCACCUUCUUGACAUUCCUGAUCUCAUGUCUGGCCAUUUGUCUCUUGUCGGCCUCGCUACUGACCCACAACUGGCUCGUAGCAAAAGUCCGGAUGGUCCGAGACUCGGCGGUUGACAGUGUUUUUAAUCUCGAGAGCGACGACGACAAUUUAACUUCGGAGAAGUUCCAAGGCACCGUGCAGUUCGGUUUGUUCUACGGGAAGAAAAUUCUCAACUAUGGAUACGGUCCGCGAGCAACGGGAUUUUCGAUGAAGGAACUCAUGAGAGCGGAUCCCGACCUCAUGAUCUACCACCUGUACUUGCUUUCUGUGAGCGGGAUCGCUCUGGGCCUGUUUUUCACCAUAAUCGCAUCGGUCCUAUCCGUGGUCAACUCGGUAAUGACACCGGUGGAGAAAUUCAACGGCGCAGUCGGUCUAUACACUUGGAAUUCGCUUUCGGCGAUUUGCUGCGUGAUUUCGCUUAUCAGCUGGAUCCUGCAAUUCCAAUGGAAACUCUCUCACAAUGUCAUGUCUCCGGAUGAGCGCCGGCAGCAGUGGAACUCGGCGGGCCUCGCCACUAUCGGUUACUCGUUUUUACUCGUCGUUCUAGGCGUGCUUUUGAACUUUUGUAAUAUUUUCGUGAUUAUUGUUGCCGACAAGAAGCCUUGGUUGAAACCUCGAACGGUACCGGUCCACCCCAAAGCGGGUCAGGGCGCCGUUAUCAUGCUCUACUAAGAUGGGGCAACUCAAUCUCGUAAUCGCCAAUCGCCUCCUCGCCAUAUGUAUUCUGCUUCCAACUCCUAGAUUGUUCUGAACCGGUAUUUAAUAAAAACUGUAAAUAAAUA